AUGGACUUCCUGGGAGUGGUUUCGUUGGUGGUGCGCGAGCACUACCUGCGCGACGACAUUCCCUGUGGCGCGCUGCCCUGCGCCAAGUCGCCCGCCACUCCCUGCGACAAAGACUCCGCUCGUCUCUCGCCUAAUAACGAACCCAUCCUCGUUAUAGACACCAACGUCGCCCUGCACCAGAUUGACCUGCUGGAAAAUGCAGCAAUCAGCAACGUGGUGGUGCUGUCAGUGGUGUUGGAGGAGGUGAAGAGUCGCAAUGUGGCGGUGUAUGGGCGCCUCAGGGCGCUCGUGGCGGAGGAAACUCGGCGCUUCUUCGUCUUCUCCAACGAGCACCACAAGGACACGUACAUCAAGGCGGAGCCAGGGGAGAGUCCCAAUGACAGGAACGACAGAGCCAUCCGGGUGGCAGCGCAGUGGUACCAGCGGCAUCUGGGCGGCAAAGUGCCGGUCGUGCUCAUAACAGACGACAAAGCCAACCUGGCAAAGGCGGUGGCGGGCGGCACAAAGGCCAUGAGAGUGCGAGAGUAUGUGACAUCGCUGGGGAGUGUAGAGCUGAUGGAUCUGGUGGUUAGUGCGGGGGAUGGGGAGGAGGGGGAAGGAGGGGAGGGAGGGGAGGGGGAUAAGGCGGCGAGGGAGGAGGAGAAUCGGGGGCUCCGGACAAACGUGUCUCGCAGCAAGAGGAAGAGGAUUUACUCGGAUCACAAGCCCAUGUCAGCCAUAACAGCCGGGCUGCAGCGGGGCCUGUACCACCAGGGCAAGCUACGACACAAGCCCAUGUCGGCCAUAACGGCAGGCCUGCAGCGGGGGGUAUACCACCAGGGCAAGCUGCGAGUGAGCCGCUACAACUGCUUCGAGGCGUUUGUGGGCUCCGAGUCCCUGGGCGACGAAAUCCUCGUUAUAGGCAGAUGCGAUAUGAACCGCGCUGUGGACGGGGAUGUGGUGGCGGUGGAGCUGCUGCCGCGGGAGCAAUGGAAGGAGCCGACGAGCGGGGCUUUAAGGGAGAGAGAGGAUGAUCAAGAUGAAGCUGCUGCGGAGGAGCAGGGCGAGGAGGACUCAGUGGGACUCCCUCCCGCCUCUGCUGACAAAUCGCCAUGGUUUCCCUACCGUCCCCUCGUCUCCUCUCCCCGCCCCUUCCUGCCGUCUCCUCUCCCACUGCCAACCCCAUCAGCGGAGGAGCAGGGCGAGGAGGACUCAGUGGGACUCCCUCCCGCCUCUGCAGAUGACGCACCAUCCACUCUCUCCUCUGCUGCUGCUGCUCUCUCCCUGGAUAAGGGUGGGGACGGCAAGGGCGAGGGAGGGGGAGAAAAGGGGAAAGACGGGGGAGGGGGAGAGGGGGGGAAGGGGCCAUCUGAGCUGGCAAGGCCAACGGGACGGGUGGUGGGGGUGAUCAAACGCAACUGGCGCACCUAUGCAGGUUCGCUCGCCCCCAUGCGCACGCCCCCGGCAUCAGCAGGAGCGCUGGUCCGCGCUCUCUUCGUGGCUGCCGACCGCAGGGUGCCGCGCAUCCGCGUGGAGACAAGGCAGGCCGCCCAGCUGAUGGGCAAGCGCAUCCUGGUGGCGAUUGACAGCUGGCAGCCCGACAGCGCGUUCCCCUCGGGGCACUACGUGAAGACAUUAGGAGACAUUGGCGACAGGGAGACAGAGAGCGAGCUGCUGCUGAUGGAAAACGAUAUCGAUGCGCGCCCCUUCUCCCAGCAAGUGCUGGCAUGCCUGCCACCGCUGCCCUGGUCUGUAUCUCCUUCAGACGUCACCGACCCGCGCACCAAAAGGGAGGACCUGCGGCACGUGCGCGUGUUCAGUGUUGACCCCAUCGGGUGUCGGGAUAUUGACGACGCUCUGCACUGCGUGCCGCUCCCCAAUGGCAACUUUGACGUUGGCGUCCACAUAGCAGAUGUGACCAACUUUGUGCUGCCAGGCACGCCACUGGAUGUGGAGGCGUCGCAGCGAGGCACAUCUGUGUACCUGGUGGAGCGACGCAUUGACAUGCUGCCCAAGCCGCUCACUGAAGACAUCUGCUCCCUGCGUGGUGGUGUGGAGCGACUCGCCUUCUCCUGUAUUUGGGAAAUGACCCCAGAGGCAGAGAUCGUAUCGGUGCGCUUCACCAAGAGCGUGAUCAAAUCCGCCGCUGCGCUGUCCUAUGUGGAGGCACAGGCGCGCAUGGAUGAUGAGCGCAUGCAUGAUGACCUCACAAGGGACCUUCGCAACCUCAACCGCCUGGCCAAGGUGAUGCGGCAGCGGCGCAUAGACAGGGGAGCACUCACCCUGGCAUCACCGGAAGUCAAGUUUGAGAUCGACACUGAGACACACGAUCCUCUCGACGUUGGCAUGUACCUGGUGCGAGAGGCCAACCACAUGAUAGAGGAGUUCAUGCUGGCAGCCAAUGUGUCCGUGGCAGACAAGAUCCUCCAGCACUUCGCCUCCUGCUCCCUGCUCAGGCGGCACCCCACCCCGUCGCCCAACAUGUUUGAGCCGCUGCUGCGCACAGCAGAGGCGGUGGGGAUUGCGGUUGACACGUCCUCCUCCAAGAACCUUGCUGACUCGCUUGACCAAGCUGUGGGCCCAGACCCCUAUUUUAACAAGCUCAUCCGAAUCCUCACCACUCGCUGCAUGACUCAGGCUGUGUAUUUCCCCAGCGGCCAGCUCGCCCCUGCAGAGUACCACCACUACGGGCUCGCAGCCCCCAUCUAUACCCACUUCACCUCACCCAUCCGCCGCUACGCUGACGUGGUGGUGCAUCGUCUGCUGGCUGCAGCCAUCGGGUUGACACCGCUGCCGGAUCAGACCAAGGAUAAGACCGCCCUCACUGCCCUCACCGAUAACCUCAACUAUCGCAACCGCAAUGCUCAGAUGGCGGGGCGAGCAUCGGUGGAGCUUCACACCCUCAUUUUCUUCCGCACUCGCCCAACGGAUGCGGAGGGUCGGAUUGUGAUGGUUCGCUCCAAUGGGCUCAUCGUCUUCGUGCCCAAGUAUGGCAUAGAGGGACCAGUCUAUCUCGUACCAAAGGAACCUCCCAAGGGGAAAGCUGCUGCAGUUGUUGCGGCCAACAAGCUUGACGGAAAUGCGCCAUCAAGUGACUGGGUGGUGGAUGAGAAGUCUCAGACGGUGGAAUCGAAAGACGGGAAGCGGCGAUUCAAGGUGUUGGACACAGUGACUGUGCACAUUGAGGUCAUCGAGCCGCAGCCCAAUCGGCCCAAGCUGUCACUAACGCUAGUGGCGGCGUUCGCGGGGCUGCUGCAGCAGCAGCAGGCGCAGGUGGCAUCUGAGGCGGGCGUACCCGAGGACGGGCUGCUCUACAGCUACAAGCACACGUCCAACGGCUUCGCCGCGCGCCUCACGGCGCGCCAGCUGUGGCGGCUGCGGCGCAACCCCGCCGUGGCGUCCGUCCGCGCCAGCCGCGUGUUCCGCCGGCAGACCAGCGACUCGCCGCAGUUCCUGGGGCUGCCCGGGAAGGUGUGGCCGGCAGUUGGCGGGCAGAGCAAGGCGGGCGAGGGCACGGUGGUGGGGAUCGUGGACACGGGUAUCUGGCCCGAGCACCCGUCCUUCAGCGAUAAGGGCCUCUCCUCGCAGCUGCCCGCGGGGUGGAAGGGCAAGUGCGAGCAGUCGAGCUCGUUCCGGUGCAACAACAAGGUGAUCGGCGCCAAGGCCUUCUAUGCCGGCUUCCAGCAGAGCAGCGGCCGGCCCGUUCUGAGCAACGACUGGCUCUCGCCGCGAGAUGCGGACGGCCAUGGCACGUGGUGCGCGGGGGCGGCCGCGGGGAACCCCGUGAAGCUGCAGGGCGGCGGGCAGGUGAGCGGCAUGGCACCGGCAGCGCGCAUUGCGGCGUACAAGGUCUUCUGGACGGACGGCAACGGCGAUAUGUACGCGACGGAAUCAGACAUCAUCGCAGCCGUCAAUCAGGGCGUGGCGGACGGUGUGGAUGUGCUGUCGCUGUCUCUGGGCGGCGUGAAUCCCGACGACAACUAUUUCAACGAUCUCGCUUUCAUGCGCGCCAAUGCUGCCGGGGUGUUUGUCGCCUUUGCUGCCGGCAACGCCGGGCCUCCCGGGCGUGGAGGGUUCUACCGCACGCUUGACAACUUCGCCCCGUUCUACCUCACGGUUGGCGCCAGCAGCAUUGCCCGAGGCGGCGCGUCCCUCGCCUCAACUGCCGGCGCCCAGUCGCUCGCUCUCAGCACUAGCACUAACAGCAACAUCAGCUGCAACGGCACCGGCGGCAGCAACAGCACGGAUGGUACGGACGGCAGCGGCACCGUUCUGAGUGCGGAUGGUGGCAUCACCUUCACCACUGCGUCCUCCUCUGCCCCAGUGGUGGCUGACUUCUCUUCCCGCGGCCCCUUGCUGCAGCCGUCCGCCACGGCCCAGCCGCCCAAGCCAGGCAACGCCAUCUUAAAGCCCGACAUCAUCGGCCCCGGAGUGGACCUCGUAGCCGCUGCUCCCGGGAAGAAACCCGGUGAAACCGGCGCUCUCGCCCGCAUGUCGGGCACUUCCAUGGCCACCCCGCAUUUAGCCGGGCUAGCCGCUUUAAUCAUCCAGAAAUACCCCAACUGGACCCCGGCGCAGGUGAUGUCAGCGCUGAUGACGACAGCACGGGUGACGGACACGAGCAAGAGCGCGAUCAAGAGUGCGACGGGCGGGGAGGCCACCCCAUGGGAGAUGGGCGCAGGCCAUGUGUUCCCCCCGGCCAUGCUCGACCCCGGGCUUACCUACGAUGCCCGCGACCGCGACUACCAGAAUUUCCUCGCCGGGCAGGAUCUGAACCGCGCGAAAAAGGAGUUCCCAGGGGUGUCGCUCUCUCCUCUGGCUGUUCGGAACCUCAACCUUCCCACCAUCACUCUGCCUCGCCUGCAGGGCUCCCUGCAGGUCACCCGCACCGUCACCAACGUGGGGCAGUCCCGGUCCACGUACAGUGUAUCUGGGAAGGCGCCGCAGGGGGUGAAGGUGGGUGUGUCGACUAAGAGCCUCACGCUUGCUCCCGGGGAGAAGGCGAGCUACACGCUGACGAUCACGGUUGAUACCCCCAGUAAUGACUUCCAGUACGGGUUUAUAGUGUGGGCUGACAACCAGGGCCACAGCGUGCGUUCCCCCCUUGUUGUGCAGCCCAUCUCCCGCUGA